AUGGCUCAACAUUAUCAUUCAAAUAUGAGUUCAAACGAGAUUAAAUCUUUCUCUUCAAAAGGGUCUAUAGAAGAGAAUGAAAACUCUGUCACAGAUAACUCUGCAGGAGAAGCCAUGAGAAGUUUAAAAAACAGAUUCAAAUUCAAGAACUUAUUCGAAAAGAUUGAAGAUAGAGAAACUCCUUCAGAAGUUUACAACUGGAGAAUAUACGUCACGGCUAUCAUUGCAUCUGCUGCUGCCAUAAUUAUUGGUUACGAUGGCGGUUUCAUUGGAGGUACAGUUGCCUUAGAUUCUUUCAAGACUGAGUUCAACUUAGAUGAUUCUGCUCAUUCUGACUACAUUGUUUCAAAUGUCAUAUCUGUGUUCCAUGCUGGGUGUUUUUUUGGUGCACUUGUCUCAUAUCCAUUUAGCUAUUACUUAGGAAGAAGGAUUUCUUUGAUAAUUGCAGCGGUCUUAAUAACGGUGGGAUCUGCUAUAAUGUUAGCUGCCUCCCAUGCCAAUGGCUUAGGGCCACUAUAUGCUGGAAGAGUACUUUCUGGUUUGGCAGUGGGAUUCUCUACGAAUUUAACGCCCGUUUAUUUGAGUGAGAUCUCACCUCCAGCAAUAAGAGGUAGAGUUAUUGCAUUAUAUGAAAUAGGAUGGAGAGUGGGUGACUUGGUUGGUUUCUGGAUCAACUACGGUAUUGAUUCUCAUAUCCCAAGUUCAAAGAAGCAGUGGUUUAUACCAUUCGCGAUUCAAUUGAUUCCUAGCGGGAUGUUUUUGAUUGGUAGUGUCGUAAUGAGAGAAUCACCUAGAUGGCUAUUCAGUGUAAACAAGUACGACAAAGCAUUAGAGAAUCUUGUUUAUUUCAGAAACUUACCUGAAGAUCAUGAAUAUAUUAUUUAUGAGGUAAAUCAAGUUAAGGAAUCUAUUGAGCAACAAAAAAAUACGGUUGGAUUAGGUUUGUGGGAUCCAUUCUUUGAGGUAUUUUUCAAAAACAGAAAGAUUUUGUUCCGUUUGUGCAUAACGUGUAGUCUAUUCCUUUUCCAAAAUUUCUUGGGAAUCCAAUCUAUUAACUAUUAUUCACCGAAAAUAUUUGCCAGUUUAGGAGUUGAUGGAACGAAUGCAACCUUAUUCUCAACAGGAAUGUUUGGAGUUGUGAAAUUCAUUUGUACCUUCAUAUACGUGUUACUAAUUGUUGAUACAUUUGGUAGGAGAAAAGCAUUUAUGUGUUCUUCCACAGUUUGUUCAAUUUGCUUUUGGUAUAUUGGAUCAUACCUUAAAAUUAAUGACCCAACGAAACCUGGAGUCCUGGCUGGUCCUGGGGGUAAAGCUGCCAUUGGAAUGAUGUAUAUAUGGAUAGCAUCUUUUAUAUUGGCAUGGUCUGGUGGUCCCUUUGUCGUAGGAAGUGAAGUCUUUGACCAGAAUAUUAGAUCCUUCGUACAAGCCAUCAAUGCAGCAGUUAGUUGGGUUCCUAUCUUCUUUAUGUCUCGAUUUACUAGUGAGAUGAUUGACAAAAUGCACUAUGGUAUUUAUUUCUUUUUUGCAGCCUUGGCUGUGCUCUCAAUUCCAUUUGUUUAUUUCUGCCUACCUGAAACUAAAGGUAUAGCAUUAGAAGAUAUGGAUAAAUUGUUUGAUCCAAAACUCCCUGCCAGAAGGGCUCACAAGGUUGUUUUAAGCAGUCUUAAAUUGGAGAAUGAUAUUAGGUUGCAUGAUAAGACGUUAUUCAAAAUGGACACGAAUAAGUCGAACGAUAUUCAAAAUAUCGAAGAUGUUGGGAAACUAAUGAUUAAAAAUAAUGACGUAUAG